UCGCAGUGACAGUGCACGCAUUUAUACAGUUGAACAGUGAAGUGUUUCCAAUAUGGUGAAGUUCGAAGGAGACUUCAGCAUAAACGCCAUUCUUAUGAACAAUGCAGUGAACAAAUCGCCGGCGCUGCCCACCACGGCCACCACCGUCAUUCCGGACGACGACGAUUACAGUGAUUCGGAACUCGAUGUCACCGGGACGGAACCGGUCGAUUGCACGAAACCAAAAGACGACGAGGACAAAAAAGAUAAGAAACACGAGAAACCUGCCUACAGCUACAACGCUCUCAUCAUGAUGGCGAUCCGGAACAGCCCCGAGAAGCGUCUAACGCUGAACGGAAUCUACGAGUAUAUCAUGACAAACUUCCCCUACUACAGGGAGAACCGCCAGGGUUGGCAAAACUCCAUCCGCCACAACCUGAGCUUAAACAAGUGUUUCGUAAAAGUUCCUCGACACUACGACGACCCCGGCAAGGGCAACUACUGGAUGCUGGACGCCUCGGCCGAGGACGUGUUCAUCGGAGGCACCACGGGCAAGCUGCGCCGUCGCUCCGCGCUCAACGGCCGCUCCCGCCUGGCCUGCUUCAAGCGGCCCCUGUUCCCCGGGGCACCGCUGGCAGGACCCUACCCUCCGGCGACCUACUCCCAGCUCGUGGGCCUCUACUCGCAGCUGCUCUACCAGAGGUACGCGCCGAUGCAGAUGAAGACCGCCCCGAUCGCACCUAACGCGGUACACCCGGCGUUCCGCGGCGAAUUGGGAUACGGCAGCCUCCCAUACUCGCCGGCCCUGUACGGCUCGGACAGAAUACCGACCGGGCCGUUCAUGGGGCAAUCUCCCCUGAUGCAAAACUCACCUUUGGCGCAAUCGUCGGCGAUGCUGUCUCAGACGUCCCCGCUGCUGCCCCCGUCGCCGCCGCUGCUGUCGCACUCCCCGCCGACGUCGGGGUCGUCGAGCCCCGACCUGCCGUCGCCGUCACACCACCCGCUCAGCGCGCACAUCUACAAGCCGGUGACGGUACUGACGCGCCAGUGACCCAGCUCCGUCGGCACUCAUGAGGCUAGCUCGCUAGCGGGCGUUUAAUUUAUCUGUGAUUUAGAGUAAGGUUGGCGGCGAAGAGAACCCAGUGACAUUUGAAAAAUCUCUGUAGCGUUAGGGACUUUGCAAUACUAGUAAAAUGUUAGUAGCAUUCCAUGUUGAUUGGUUGUUAUGUACAAAUUUGUUUAAUUUUAAUGUGAAUAGCUUAUAAUAUUUUGUAGAUAGAUCAAUAUUUAUUGAAUGUAGGAUUUAAGUAAAUUGUAUCACCUGAAUAAAUGAAAAUUGUUCUCCCUUA